AUGAACUUCCUUCUGACAAGCAACACAGUCAAAAGAGAUGAGCGAAAACGCAGCAACUCAUCUUCCCCCGCGAAUCGGCACUCCACCACCACCGCCAAAGAAGAAACAUGGCAAUUGCGACUGGGAGAAUCUUUUUCACAGAGGCUAGGGCUGACCAUAUUGCCAGCCAUAUACCAGGCGCCUGUCGUUGCAUUCUCCCCCCAAACGAAACAACUAACUCUCCGUCCAUUACAGCUUCACUGUGGUUUCGGCCACUCCCGCGGCCGAUGA